GGCGCGCGCGGGAAGUGCCUGCGGGGCGGCCGGCGGGCUUCAGCCGCCGCGAGACAUGGCUCUACCUGUCCCCGGCUACUCGCCCAGUUUCAAAAAACCGCCCGAAACGCUGCGGCUCCGACGGAAAAGGGCCCGGAGCCGUGGCCCGCCCCCCUCCCUGACCCCCGAGCUGCCGCAGCCGGCGCCUCGCCGCUCUGCGCUAGCGGUCGGGGUACCCCUACGCCCCUUCCCGGCCUCAGCGGGCAGAGGUGGCAGCGAUGGCGGCUCGGCUGCUAUCCGGCGGAACCCCUUCGCCCGCCUGGACAACAGGCCGCGGGUCGCCGCAGAGCCCCCCGAUGGGCUGCCCCGCGGCCAACAGGAGGCGCCGGGCCUGUGUUUAGAUUCUAGUCAAGAAAAUGACUUGCUAUGGGAAGAGACGUUUCUUGAAAGAACAACCGUAACUGAACCACCACAGACUCCACACGCAUCAUUUUCUGAAUCUGAUAUUCCACCCUCAGAAAGUACUGAGUUACCUGUAGACUGGAGUAUUAAAACUCGACUUCUUUUCACCUCUUCUCAACCCUUUACCUGGGCUGAUCAUUUGAAAGCACAGGAAGAGGCCCAAGGUCUUGUUCAGCAUUGUAGGGCAACAGAAGUUACUUUGCCUCAAAGUAUACAGGAUCCCAAACUCUCCACAGAGCUCAGAUGUGCCUUCCAGCAGAGCCUUAUCUAUUGGCUCCACCCUGCCUUGUCUUGGCUACCACUGUUCCCUCGUAUUGGAGCUGAUAGAAAAAUGGUUGGAAAAACAAGCCCUUGGGCAUAUGAUGAAACCAUGCAACACGGUUUAAUGAGUGACUGGUCUGUAAGCUUUACUUCUCUGUAUAAUCUGCUGAAGACAAAACUUUGCCCCUAUUUCUACGUUUGUACCUAUCAGUUUACUGUCCUGUUCCGAGCAGCAGGAUUAGCAGGAAAUGAUGUAGUCACGGCUGUCAUAUCUCCUACGACUAGAGGUUUAAGAGAAGCUAUGAAAAAUGAAGGUAUCGAAUUUUCUUUACCUUUAAUAAAAGAAAAUGGCCAUAAGAAGAAAACAGUUGGAACAAGCAUGGAACACAGGGAGGAGCAAGCAAUCAGUGAUGAGGAUGAAGAGGAAAGUUUUUCUUGGCUGGAAGAGAUGGGUGUGCAAGAUAAAAUUAAAAAGCCAGACAUACACUCUAUCAAGCUGUGUAAAGAAAAACAUGAAGUACAAAUGGAUCACAGACCUGAGUCUGUUGUGUUCAUAAAAGGCAUCAACACCUUUACUUUGCUCAAUUUUUUGAUCAACUGUAAGAGUCUAGUUGCUACCUCUGGUCCACAGGCAGGACUUCCACCAACUCUCUUAUCUCCUAUAGCUUUCCGAGGUGCCACAAUGCAAAUGCUUAAGGCACGAAGUAUAAAUGUGAAGACACAAGCUUUUUCUGGAUACAGAGAUCAAUUUAGUUUGGAAAUUACAGGUCCUAUCAUGCCUCAUUCUCUACAUUCUGUGACCAUGUUACUCAGAUCUUCACAGAGUGGGUCUUUCUCUGCAGGACUGUAUCCACAUGAGCCAACUGCUAUAUUUAAUAUCUGUCUACCAGUGGAUAAAGUACCAGAUAAGGAGGUUGUUCAUAAGGAGCUUGCUAACUGUGGAUUGCACCCUAAGACUCUGGAACAACUUAGUCAAAUACCAUUACUGGGGAAGUCAUCUUUACGGAACGUGGAAAUGAGUGACUACAUUUAUUAUUGGAGAUCCUGAACACCAAAGUUAGAUUUUCAGAUAUGAAGACAACUCAGACUUUUUAAAACUUCAAAUAACUUGAAUGAAAAUUCUAUAUCCCUACAACCUAAUUGUAAACUGAGUAGAAAACAAUGUCAGUGUUUUCUUGCAAAUGGGAGAUUGAGGCUAAAUCUGUAGCAGUUAAUUUACUUAAGACUACCAGCAGGUUCUUGUUUUAUAAAGGUAGGAAAAAAAUGUAGACAAUAUCAAUCGAGCUAAUUGUUGAUACUUCCACCUUAACAUCUUUCCUACUAAUUUUCUAUUCUAGUUUCAUGCUUUUUUUUAAUGCAUGUUAAUUCGGAUUAAAGUAUUUUGUAUUACAUAUAGAAUAGUGUUGAGUUGUGAAGUAUACUCAACUAUCAUGGUAAAGUAGUACUUGGUGUGCUUAUAGGUAUUUUAUGUGUGCAUGUGUGUGAGUGCAUGUGUGUAUAUUCAAAAUUUUUUAAAUAAAAGUGCUUAGAACUCAAAAAUAUUCGGUAAAGAAAUAAUAGUAUUUAGUGAAGUAUGUGUUCACUUUAUAUUCCAGAAAAUAAAACACCACGUUUAUUUCAGA